AUGAAAUCUGCAUCAGCCGAAACUGUUGUAGAUCGGGUGGAUCUGUGGGUCAGGGGGCAGACGUUCAACGAGCUUCUCGACAAGGCGGAAGUCAGGAAACUCCUCACGGAGCUGUCAGAAGAUGAUCAGUACUGGAAAGAUCAGAGGCAAAAGUUUAACGAUCUUCACCAAGAGAUUGACCAAUGGCUACGUACUGAGAAGAGACCUCUCAAUGAGAUAUUAUCCGCUGACUUCUCAAACAAGAUCUACAAACAAGUUGAAAAUUCUGAGAUUGAUCCUGCGAUUUUGAAGGCAUUCAUGAGGACACCGGCAGUAGAAUCCAUGGCGGGAGCAAUCCUUUACACAGGGAUCCUGGAGUUCAUGCAGCGUGCUGAUAUCCUGGGAAACAUUGUCAAUCAGCUGCCGGUCAUCGGUCCAAUCCGUCAGGAAGUGAACAAAGCUCUUCGUGACGCAUUGGACAACAGUCUUGGACCACAAGUCAAAGAGUUCCUGGGCACCCAAAGCCGACCAGCAGUAGAGCAAAUGAUUCAAUUCAUCCUAGAUGAGAAGAACAGCAAAGCGUUCUCCCGUUCUGCAAAACGUCUCGCGGAGUAUGUGAUGUCAAGGCCAGUCAACAGGUGA